AUGGCUUUCUCCCAGGUGCAGUGCCUGGAUGACAGCCACGUCAACUGGAGGUCCAGUGAGUCCAAGCCUGAGUUCUUCUACAGCGAGGAGCAACGCCUGGCCCUGGAGGCACUGGCCUCCCGCGGCCCCGAUGCCUUCUAUGAGGUCCUGAAGAAGGAGAACAUCAGGGACUUCCUCUCCGAGCUAGAGCUAAAGAAGAUCCUGGACACAUUGGAGACGUACGACCCCGGCUCCGAGUACAUCCCACGCCACGGCAGCAGCAUGGGGGAGAGCGAAGGUGAUCACAACAGCCAAGGGGACGAGCAGGACGUGGCCCCCUCCCUGGAGUACUGGCCCCAGAGGUCCGACCGCUCCAUCCCGCAGCUGGACCUCGGCUGGCCCGAGACCAUCGGCUACCGUGGGGUCACCCGCGGCACCGUCUACAUGCAGCCGCCCAUCGAGGGGCAAACGCACAUCAAGGAGGUGGUGAGGAAGAUGAUCUGCCAGGCUCAGAAGGUCAUCGCGGUGGUCAUGGACAUGUUCACCGAUGUAGAUAUCUUCAAGGACCUCCUGGAUGCGGGCUUCAAGAGGAAAGUGGGGGUCUACAUCAUUUUGGAUGAGACCAAUGUGAAGCACUUCCUACAGAUGUGUGAGCGAGCCCAGAUGCACGCCGGCCACUUGAAGCCAAAGCUGAAGGUGAUGCCCAAAUCCGGGAGCAGCAGGAUGGAGAGGAACGGCUGA